AGUGCCGGUUCCAAAGGUUAAAUUGUGAGGGGAGGUCCUGGCCCUCGGCCCCUCCACCUGUUGCCCCCGAUCCGAGAGCCCAGGUCCCGGAUCCCCGUCUCACAGUCCAUCCUGUCCCUGGUGUGAGGUGUUUGGAAACGCGAGUUCCCCACCCCCCCUUGCCGCCCCAGGAUCAGUGUUUCCGGCGACACCUGGGCGCCGUCACCAGCCCUCUCUUCCGGGGCCGGAACUAUCGUACCAGAGUCCACGUUUCCCGGUCGGUAGGGUGAGGAGGAAGCAGAGGCAGGACCGCGCUCACCACUACGAAAAGGAAAGGGGCGGGCUCUGCGCGCAGCAUUUUGGGAACGCGUGGUAUUCUGGGAGCGCGGGACCCGCCAUUCCUUGGCUCACACCUUCGCAGUUGCUCGAGUUGCUGCCACACGGGAAAGGAAGAGUAGGCCGGAGCCGGUGAGAACUCUUUUCCUGCCAAGAUGUCUAUUGGUGUGCCGAUUAAAGUCCUACACGAGGCUGAGGGUCACAUCGUGACAUGUGAGACAAACACCGGCGAGGUGUAUCGUGGGAAGCUCAUUGAGGCGGAGGACAACAUGAACUGCCAGAUGUCCAACAUCACAGUCACAUACAGAGACGGCCGAGUGGCACAGCUGGAGCAGGUGUACAUCCGUGGCAGCAAGAUCCGCUUUCUCAUCUUGCCUGACAUGCUGAAAAAUGCACCCAUGUUAAAGAGCAUGAAAAAUAAAAACCAAGGCUCAGGGGCUGGCCGGGGAAAAGCUGCUAUUCUGAAGGCCCAAGUGGCUGCAAGAGGAAGAGGACGUGGAAUGGGGCGUGGAAACAUCUUCCAGAAGCGAAGAUAAAUUUAUCUGUUGAACUGAACUUUGUCGUUAUUUUUUCCCUUAGGUUGUCUGGGUUCAGGGGGGGUGUAUGCUUAUGUAUAUGUUCUAGGUUUUCUUUUGACAUCUUUCUCUUUAGAGCAGAGGAAAUGUUAAACUAAAUAAAUAUGGUGGUGAUUGUU